AAUUCAUUUUCUGGCCAUGGGGACGGUGGGGUGUAUAUCGUACCCAUUGGUAAUUUGAUUUAUAGAAUUUAAGCUAUUUUAACUUCUUUUAAAAAAUAAAUUCAAAAUAUCAGUUGCAUUCACCCAGUGGGAGAGCUGAAACAACUACAUGCGCAGAGUACAACAACGAAGAAGCUUCCCCGAGUCCUUCCAGCCAUCAAACACCUGAGCGUCAGGCCAAGGAUGUUACACUGGUUUCAUCGCAGACGACCUCUAAAGCGAAACGUGAAUUGCAGUAUCCCCCCGAAGUAGGCACAAAGAGAAAGAGAGAGGAGGAGAGCAAUUAAGUUAUGUGAACAAAGAGCAUUUGCAAAAGAACAGUUGGUACUUUUUGCUGACGAGUUUUGUAGCGAAGCAGAACUCUAUCAGGGGCACCCAACGACAAUUUUCGGAAGAAUAUCUGUUCGGAAGACGAUUUGAGAUCUAGAAUUUUCGAAACAUUUGUUGUAAAAUUUCUUGCUUGCCUGCCUCUUCUAGGAUUUUCGAACAUCUAAAAAAUGGUAUAAUUGCCCAUUUUUAACGGAUUUUUACCCUAAAAAGGUCACCUAGAAUUUUCGGGAGCCUCUUUUCUGGCUAAAAUUUUCGAAAAGGUAAGUUUUGAUCCCUAUAAUUUUCGGAUCACUAGACUUUCCGCUAGGAAAUCCGAAAAGAUGAAUAAUUUUUAGGGGAUAAAAAUAUGCCUAUAUCUACCGUUUAAAUAGUAAAAUACGUUUAACAAUGCUAUGUUUAAGUGGUUUUGAACUAUAUUCUCGUUGGGUGCCCCUACUCUAUCCUUUACACGCGGACAAAUCGUUUGCACAGGUUUCCCUAAGUCGUUGCAUGCGAAAAGUUGUGUCUGAUUUAGAAUGUCUCUUACGUCGAAAGCCUUUACUUUCCCUCAACGUUCGAUGUAUAUAUAGACUGGCUUAACUGACCAAAUAUUACUGUGGCGGGCAAGAGGUGGAUCGAUCAAAUGAGCACUCAAGUAUUUUGCCUCAUUGAUCGAAUAUCAUUCUGCUCUUUAUUUAACCGUUUCUGUAACCUUAUUCUUUACACAUGACAUGACCAUACAAUUUCAGUUAUACCUAGCUAAAAUUAGUACCAGUAUCAUUUCCAGUUUCAACGCCACCCGCAAUCGUUUCAUGUUGAAACAUGAUCCUAGUCCAUCUUAGUAACAUGGUUUACUUAAUAACACGACGGCAAGUUCUGCUGUUCAUAUUUGUCAAGUUACUUACAAGCUAAGGUGUGUGUUUAUGUUGAUUUCAAUAGUACUCCAGGCAAAGCUGACAAAGCGAAAUAGUGUUGUAAAUGGUGUAGUUAUUUAUUAUUAUUUUUUUUUUAUCUCACUACAGGUUACAUGUAUUUCAAUGUUUCGUUUGUUUUAACUUCAUUAGCAUACAUUACCAUACCCAAAAACAAGAGAAAAAACAAAAAUAUACCGGAGAUAAAAAAAUAAGUACAACAUAGACAUAAAUCUCAAUACUCAGAAAAUAACUCGGUUUACUUCUCAUAAAGUGACUCUGGUGUGUAUGUGUGUGUUUGAGUGUGUGCAGUGUGAGUGAGUUUCAAAUUCAAGCGAGGAUGUGUGAGCGAAUGGAGGUGGGUGUAUUCGCGGGCUGUAGCUAAAUCAAUGUGAAAAAAUGAUGUAAUUCUGAUGGACUGCUCCCGGCCGUUUCCUCUCUCCAUUUCCUUUAUCGAUUCGGAAAUCUCUUCUCCAUUUCGAAAUAUCGGUCACCAUGCAUGUUUCACUCUUAACAAUCUUGCUAAAGGUUUAUAAAUACACUGCAGUGUAUAUUUUUGCCUGUCUGAUCGGGCUUAAACCAGUUGUAAUGUGGGACAGAAAUAUAGUAUGUACUUAUUUUAAACGCUUGGUGGUAGUUUUGUGUAGGUUUUAUUAGUACAUCGGGCCUCAAAGGUCUUGCGUGUGAUUUUCCUGUACAAUGAAUAUACAUUGAAAGAGCAAAUAAAUAUUUUCCUUUGCAGCGGUCUCUUCAAUAACAAGCCGCAGGGUUAAAUUGGCGCCACUGAAACAGGAACAGUUAAAAAGCACCGCGGGUUAUUUAACUUGCGAUAAAGGCCGUUCAAAGUCUUAUUUAGUUUUUCCUUGUAACAAGGAUACUUUUUGUCUCACGCUUCAUUUAAAUACUAAUAGCACGCAAACAGCGGCUAAAAAGCACUGCUGGAUAGCACGGAUAGUUAGAACAGUUGAUUUGGACGAAUUCUCGUAAUGCGGAACUGAUCAUAAAUCACGGAACGUCCCUGAAAUGAUUCAGGCCUUUAACAGUUGCGUGUUUGAAGCUUUUUGUUUUCUGUCUUUUUUCCUAAAAAGAAAGAUAGAAGAUUUAAAGGAGAAAAAUACUCUGGACGGUCAGGUAGAAAUUGGGCUGAACAUUCAUGACUGAAGAGUAAUCGGCUGACCGUUUUCAAAUUGCUUUAACUGAAGCACGGUGGCUACACAUGCCCGAUAUUUGGGAAGGGUGUUAAGGGUCUUCAAGAUACUAAUUGCCCCACAGUCGUAAAAUUUAAUAGAAUUUCUACGAUAUGGCUUUUCUCUUUGAGAAGUGCCAGGUGAUUAACAGAGUGGCUUCGCAGCUAGCCUCCCACGCAGACGUUCUUAGGGGUUCGUCAUGCGUUCCUGCCCCACUAUAGCCUGCGAACCGCAGACGUAUUUCCGGUCGACGCUUCUGCGGUUCGCAGGCCGUAGUUCCACUAACAUGUGCUGAUUUAGUGGGCCAGGAACGCGUGACGAACCCUUAAGAACGUCUGCGUGGGAGGCUACUUCGCAGCUGACUAGUUUUUGCUUGAGUGGGCUUACAGAGAAACCGUCGAUUGUACCUCCUAUUUUGGAAAAUACAAAAAAAAAAUGGUUUUCCUCUGUGAUCUUAUGACUUCAAGCAGACAAAAGGCGAUUUAUUUUGAGCAAAAGAUCGACAAAUUAUGAAAUAUGUUUGUGAAACAGUUUAUUGCUUCUUUUAUGGUUGAAUUUAAUGAGGUUUACUUGCCUCAUGCACAAUUAUACGGAUGUAAGACGCAAGUGUGAUUGCAUUUGCAGGAAAAAAGACAAUAUCGGGCAAUUAUCUGAAGAAAACAAACUACAUUGUAAUGCUUAGACACUAUUGUUUUUCUAUCUCUUGAUAUCACUGAAGUGUUGGUUCAACUUGAGUGAGUGGGUUUUGAUUCACUAAAGAAAAAAGUUUUAGGUACAGUGAUAAAACCUACUCUUUAAUUGCACUUCAUAACUUUAUCGCUUUUACUUUAUAACAUAGCUAGAAAAAUCGCCUAAUUAAAUUCAAUAGCGCGAGCGUGCUACAAAUUCCCAUUGAGCACGCUGGUGACGUCAAUAAACCAUUCCUCGAGUUGUUGUGAGCUUAGCAAGACGUCUCUCAAGUGCAUCCAUAACUCAACAGUACACAAUGAAGAGUUUACCAUAUUAAUUUGAAGUUAGAUGUUCAAUUUGAAAAUUUCUGGCUUUUUUCCUAAAAAGAAAGAUCAGUUGUUGCAAAGGCGUUUCCUUUACAUCGAGCAAAUCACAAAAAGAAGGAGACUGCCAAAUAUAGUACAUUUGAUGUUUGCAACCGAGAAAUUCCCACAUUCCUUUGUGACACUGGCUUUGUUUAAACUGUUGGCUGGAGAAAGAAACUAUUAAGAAAUCAUGACAGAAAAUCGAAACUUAACUUUUUUAUCAAAAUAAGUGGGUAACACAGGAAGUGUUUACUUAGUGGUUGUUAUCAUAUCAAGACGAAAGACGCAAUUGUGAUUUCAUUUGCAGGAAAAAGGACAAUAUCGGGUAAUUAUCUGAAGAAAACAGACUAAUGCUUGCUUUUCUAUCACUUGAUGUCACUGAAGUGUUGGUUCAACUUGAGUCAGUGGGUUUUGAUUCACUAAAGUUUAGGGUGCAGUGAUAAAACCUUAUCUUUAAUUGCAGUUUAUCGCCUUACCGCAUUAACUUUAUAACAUAGCUGGAAAAACCGCCUAAUCAAAUUCAAUAACGCGGCUGCUCCUCGAGCAACUCUUACGCCCCUUUGGUGCUUUCCACACUUUCCGCGUACUCAAUAUCGCGACAUACGCACGCUGACGCAUGAAAAAACUGUUAAUCAGUGCUCCUCUGAUAGACUGAACCCUGCCUCCUGGGGAUUUCGCCUUCUGGGCUAAAUCCAGGCGGGGGCAAUUAUAAAGCUUACACGAACUUAUAUGUUCAUUCCCGGCCUAUAUAUCUCUUUGAAAAAGUUUCAAUUUAUGUCCAGUGAUCCGCCAUCGAGAAGAAGAUGGCCAAGCAUUGUUUUCUCUGUCGGCAAAUUUGUUGUUUUGGUUCGUUAAAAGUUUCAACUUCCUGUCCUUUGAAGUUUCUUGCCUGAAGCAAACGAAGCGGUAAACAUGCCUUUAACACGGCGGCUCCACCGUUUUCAGCCUGUUUGUUGGAGGAGAAUGAACGACUAAAAUUACAUCAUAACGGAAUUACAGUUACAUUUUGAUAUGACUAUAAUGAUUUUCAAUUUGUUAAAACAAAAGUUAUUUUUGUUUGAAAUGAAAGAUUGACUCAUAUUUAGCCUUGGCCUAUUUUAGUCAACGCACAAGAAACGUCAACUAGGUUUUUUUUGAUACAUUUUACGUCACAAACUAGAAUUCAUUUUCGGGCCGUGGAGACUUGUGUAUAGCAUACCCAUUGGUAAUUUGAUUUAUAGCACUUAAGCUAUUUUAACUUCUUUUAAAACAUAAACACAAAAUAUCAGUUGCAUCACUGUCAAAUCGUCCGCUACAAAAACAAAAUACUUGAACUUGAGUAGCAAGCCCAAUUUUUUUCUGCUCCUAAUUAAUUUCCUUCAUUUUUACGUAAUCUUGGCAGGAACGCGUGACGAACCCCUAAGAACUGCGCGGGAGGCUAGGAAGGUACCGCUUUUUACGCAUGUCUUGUGAUCACUUAACUACCCGGAGAAAUAUUCGAUCGAUUUCAUUUCAAUUCUGUUAUACAAGCGGUAGACAAGAUGGUUGACUCGGUCGUCUCAUUCAUGUUGAAUGUCGCUGGAACUAAGGUUAGAGAAAUAAUAACACGAUGGCUCAGAAGUCGUGGUGCAUUUGCUCAGUCGCUAAGUGACCUCUUAGAAACGGAUUUGAGUACCAUGAAAAGGCAACUAGAAGCACUGACAAAAAAAGAACUUCGUGAAAGUAUUAACCUUUUAGGUCAGGGACUUUCACUAAUUCCGAAGGCUAAUGACGGACCAAAGAGACGGAGAAUUCUGGGUGAUCACCCUGAUGGAGUACUGAACCCCAGUAUUGUAACAACCAGUUUCAUCGACGAAGCAAAAGAGAGGUUCAAAGAUGCCCGUAAGAAAGCAGGAUCAGCCUUUGCUAAUGAAGCAAUGAAGACGAUAGACGCAAUUUUAGCCACUUCUAUAAUGGUUUUAUCGCAAAUGCUAGAAACUGACGAUUUAGCCAUGGCAUACCAGCUUUGUUUAGUUUACUUAGAACAACUUCAUUCUCACAAAGAUGUUAAAAAAAGCUUUGAAGAUGAAUUUAGAUAUAUUGAAGCAAGGGGAAAGGUACAAUUUUGGCCAGUAUUUGGCAGCAUUGACGCUAGAAAAAUCCUUUGGUGCGUCUGUAGCUUGAAUCGCUUUGUUUUCGAUAUGGCAAAGGAGACUGGCGAUGCUAAAAGAUCUCCAGAGCUCUUUAAAGCCUGGCCAUUUGUUAAACCGACAAACCACCAAAAAGAAAUUGAUCCUUUGCGUGAUCCAAGGUUAGUCGCUAUUUUUAAGCUAGAAAACCGGCCAUUUUCUAUUGCGCCGUCGUUAUUUGACCAAAACGACGCAGAAGAGUCGAGACCUCAGUCACCCAGUGGGAGAGCUGAAACAACUACAUGCGCAGAGUACAACAACGAAGAAGCUUCCUCGAGUCCUCCCACCCAUGAAACACCUGAGCAUCACGCCAAGGAUGUUACACUGGUUUCAUCGCAGACGACCUCUAAAGUGAGUAAGGAAUUGUUUCCCAAGGUAGGCACAAAGAGAAAGAGAGAGGAAGAAGAGGAAGAGAGCAAUUAA